CCAUCAUAGUUUUCCAUUAUCACCCACGGCAAUAUUCUCUACACUGCCUACAUAUUUCAGAGACCGAAGAAGAAAAACCAUUAAUAGCCACAGGGAGUUUCGCAUUUAAAAUUAGUUAGUUUCACAUUCCGCAAUUCGAUAAUUACGUAUAAAUUUUAUCAACUGAAAGUGUGAAGUUUUAGUUGAUUUCUAUAAGUGUUACAAAGAAAACUGUUUACUACCAAUAAACGCUGGAGGCUGUUGAAUGAGCUCAGUUAUGAACUGCGUUACCUUGGACGUGACGUCAAAAACACUUUGAUUCGCAAAGACAGGAAAAUCCGUGUGGCAUAAACGUGAUUUCCGGUUGGAGACUCGACCAUGAGGAGCAGCAGCUCGGAGCUGCUCCUGGAUCAACAACAGGAACUCAGGAAACGGAAACUCCUGGAACUGGCUCAACCAAAGAAGAAGAAGAAGUCACCGAAGAGGACGUGUCGGGAAAGGAUAUGGUUCUACACAACGUCGUUUCUAGCCAUGACUGCUCUUGGAGGAGGAUCCUCAUUGCUUUUCCUUGUCCCGUUUUAUGUGGAUCCCGCCAUAUCCACUUUGGCGGCAGACUUUGUCUCGGAACCUGUAAAGUGUGUGACCAUAAGGCGAGAAGACCUCUGCGGAAUUUUCAAUUGCACAUGGAGUUCCUGUCGGGAAGGUUGUACAAGCGAUAUAUACAGUUGUACUCAUAUUUACGUCAUGUAUUCAACCGCGCCGUACCAUAUGAAAGACUCAACUUUGAUACAAGACAGUGAUGACGUUGGAAACUUCUCUUCUACCGUCUCGUUAUCAACCACGAAACCGACUGCAACAUCUGCGGUGACACCGCUGCCUGGAGAGAAUUUCACCGACGAAGCUAUCCUCCUAGUGAAUAUCAGGGGGUGCGGAUAUCCUCCUGUGAUUGACUGUGAGAACUUUACUGCUAUGUACGGAAAAGAAAACACGGAGUUUCCCUGUUAUUACUCCCGCAAGAACCGAACUGUUGUUCUCAUCCAUUACGACCGAGAGAAACACGUGCAAGCGAUCAUCCACUACUUUGCUGUGCCCUUUAUCGUGUUCUUGGCGACGUCCAUAGCACUCUGCGUUAUGUAUUGCGAUUGUCGGUGUGGAUCGGACCGGUCCCGUAGGAGGCGCCAUGCAAGACGUUGUGCAGUCGAGGACUCCAGUGAUGGCUCCAUCAGCACAAGGGUCGAUAUGCUAGCACCGCAAGCAGAUGUGACGCGACCACUCUGACAAAGGGAGGAAACGGUCGAAAGUCAACUGAUGACGACUUCGCAGUCCAGUGACCGUUAACUAUCGGAACCAAUCACCAAGCCGUACUUAGCGGAAUCAACAUCACCAAGUGAAAAUGUCCCCCCUCAACGGUUAGAGAAUUACGUGUCUUAUAAAUCCUACGUCAUGACCACACAUUAGAUUAUAUAUAAUUAAACUUAUACAUACUACCUUUUUAAAAUGAACAAUAUUUUGUUUCUUUCGUGCCUGAUGGACAUUUUAUCUUCCGCUUUUACAGUUUUGGGCCCGAUUGUAAAUUAUUUUCAUGGUUAGAUAAAAUAGGCAUUGGGUUAUGUAGAAGAGUUUCGAUUGUAGUAAUUUGAGAGUAUAUUGUGCCCAUAGGCUCUGAGGUACAAUAUAGUUUAUUUUAUAGCAUAAGCCAAACAUGAUCUGAAAAAUGUUCGGUGUUAGUAUUCCACAGAGAAUAAUUUCACUAUAACAUUUCUAAAUCUCUGCUAAACAGGAAGUUUCUAGGAAAGUAACACGUGGUAGGAAACUUAGAAAGUUAGAGAAAGAAUGCAAUUCCUAUACUGCUACACUUAAAUUAUUAUUUUAUUUAUCUUCCGGACAAAUUGAAAUGAGUGUCCUAUGCAACCUGUUUGUGCUGCUGGCUGUCCUGUCAGAAUACCUUUCCAUCUCUCCAAACCCGUAUACUUGCAGAAAUUGCCAAACGUGAAGCCCAAAUUACUGUAUAUUUCUGUAACUGAUUACUUAUGACUGUCUUUGCUAUUGUAGUUUUUGAAAAUAUAUAUUUAUAUAUUCAUUCGUUAAAAUGUUUCAGAAUAUGUAACUUAUUAUGUACGAUCAUUUUUCUUGUAUUGGUCGUAAGUUAUUUAUUUCACGAUGAAUCCUAUAGUUUCUUCAAUAAACAUCACUAUUUUAAGUUAUAAAUAAUGUAUGAAGAACUUAUAAAAAAUCGGCCCUUACAAAUUGUUUGGAUAUAUAGCCUUAGUAAAUAUCUUUUAUUCAACUG